AAACAACCUAACGAAUACCAUGAGUACCACAUCGAGCUCAUCAAAUGACAAGUCAGCUGCUGCAUCUGUCAGAUUGCCAGUGACCAUUCUGCUUCAUCCUUUCUUUGUCCCAUCUUCCAAGCAAUUACCUGCUGUUUCGUCUAGUUCAUCACUUUCUUCACCUGGAUUAUUAUCAAUGUCGAAUAGUCAGACAUUAUCAACUAGCAGUGGAGAUUCGGCAAACUUUCCAACGUCACCAACAAGUUUUGGUUCCAUUAUGAUAAACGAAACUACUUCAACAAAUUCAUCAGAGGAAAAUCUUUCGGGUGAAGAUUUGGAAGUACAAAGUGUAUUCGAAUUACGAAAUCACUUUCUUGAAUUUGUAGAAAGAAGAUUUAGUUUGGCUAACGAAUUCGAAAUCAAGUUUCUCUUUCUUGAAUAUUUCCUUGACCCAGUUACUGAGAAAGUUUACACAAACAAGAUUUUUAAAAACUUGUUCGAUGUUCAAUUGAGAUUGGACAAGUUCUGUCAACAAAUAUUACAAAAUAGAAUGGCAUUUGAUAUUCUUGAAGUUGAAAAGCAAAAAAGCGAAACACCAGAUCAAACUCUAUUCUAUUUGAAAAACAUUCCAAAGAAUUUGAGUUAUCGUGAGUUUAGACAUGAAUCUUUGAGAGAAUUCUUACAUUCACAAAUGGAAUUUUGUAAUAAUCAGGUAGAACAAGUUCUCAGACGUGAACCAGGUGAUACUAAAACAGUGGGUGUCUUGGAUGAGAUUCAAAUCAUUUGUGAUAUGUUCCUAUUGGAAUUGAGCGAUUGGUUCUCACUUUUUGAACAAAAGAAAAAGAAGAUUGUUCAAAAAUGGUUAAAUUCAAGCAUUAGUAAUCAAACUCUUCCAAAAUAUGUUUUGGAAAUUUACAAGAAAAAGAAAGAAGUUCACGAGAAGGCAAAAGAGUACAAGUUUGGUAGUCAAGAUUUGAAUACAGGAACAGUGAUUGAAAAUGAUUGGAGAUUUACAAGAUGGAUGUGUUUGGAACAUAGUACCCAUUGGAAUGUCACAUUUACUGACAUGCCAAGUAUUAUUCAAUUGUCAUCCAAUGAAGAUUUCUCAAAGGAAAACCUUGCUUUGAUUAAUAACAAGACCAUUGGUUAUGUUAACGCCUCCAUGGAUGAUGUUGUCAAGGCAACCUAUUCAGAAUAUCACUUUGACACCCUUCUGCCAAAAGUUGAAUACCUCAAGUACAUACCGAUCAAUAAGAGCUCAUCCACUGGCAAGUAUGGCGCUGUUUUAUUGAACUCCAAAUUUGAUUCCAGAACAAUUGGCCUUGUCAUUUCAAGCAAGAGUGAAUUUAUUGGAGAAAAGAUGGUGGAAAAUUCAUUCCUCAUCAAAUCUAGUGAUUUUGAAAAGAAUAGUGCCAAGAGUGCACUCGUUUCAUCACGCAUUUACAAAAUGGUUGAUAAGAAUAGAGUUCGUUAUGUCCAAACUCGUUCUUUCAACAUUGGAGCAAUGCUCAACAAGAAUAUUCUCACAAGCACUUCAUCUGCUCUGAAAAAACUCAGUCAAACCACUCAUAGUGGACUCUUGAAUUCAAUCAAGGAGUACAAACAAAAUGGAUUCAAAGCUCCAGACAAGGAUAGCAAUUUGUUGGCCAAAGUACUCUACGAUUACUGUUCUAAUUAUUGUGAAAAGGAUUUGGAACAAUUGUACAAUAAUCAAGGAACUCCAUGAACAAAUGAAGUGGAAUUAUUGUAAAAUAUAUUGAUUGUGAAAAAUGAUUACAAAUAAUGCAAUAAAUACGGAAAUUGCAUUU